UCUCUCUCUCUGUCUCUCUCUCUCUCUCUCUCUCUGUUUAAUUAGGACUUAUUCAGAAUUUAUUUUUAUUUUUCAAUGGAAAUCUCCCACAGACGGAUUAAACAGGAAUACCUGCUGUUGCCAUGGUGAUUUCAGACGCUGUAGGUCAGUUUGUGCAGGUAAAAAUCAGGCGAGGAAAGUCCUGAAGUCGGGGGUAAUCGAACGGGGAUCGGCCGCUGUGCCUCGUGAACACUGACGGCGGGCGAUCAAGGAUCACGGUUAUCAGACGGGGUAUCGGGGCCCAGUCUGAUUCUGUUGUGGUGUGAACGCCACUAUAGAUGAUGUCACAGCGAGAAGCUCCGCCCUGUUUCACGUGUCAUGAUGACCCCUGUUCUCAGCAGGUUUUCUGUCUGGUCUGUAUCUCUGCAGCCAACUCGGGCUCCCUGCAGGGCCCCAACACGCCUCAGUCCAGCAGCAGCAGCUCCCUGACCGAGGCACCCGGGGACCUGAAGCCUCCGACCCCCUGCUCCACCCCGCACAGCCACAUGGGCCCCCAGCCCGGGAACAGGAACAUGGGAGGAGUCAGCGUCCAGGACCCGUUCUCUGAAGGCAGCGACCCCGCCUUCCACAACAAGCGAAGUCCGGGACCCAGCGGCGGCGGCCCCUACCAGCAGGGAGGAGGGCCAACAGAUCCCUCGAUGAGGAUGCUGCAGUACGACACCAACAAGGACCCGUACGGAGGAGCGAGGAAAGGUCCAGGGCUCGGUGACGCCUGUAGUCCUGGUCAGAUGGCCAGCGGGGCCAUGCAGGACAUGUACCCCCGGGGGCCGUCCUCAGGACCCCAGACAGGAAUGGGCCCCAGACCCCAAUACCCCUACGGCCCCGGCUACGAGCGAAGGUCGGACCACGUGAUGGGACCAGAGGGAGGUCAGAACAGCAUGGGUCCGUCUGGAAACGAGGCCGGCAUGUACCCCGCCAACAGAUACCCCCCUCAAAGACACGGACACGAUGGUUACGGGCAGCAGUAUCCUCCCAGCAUGGCCUACAGUUCCCAUCAGCCCCUGUACCCUCAGCAGCAGGGCUACAAGCGUCUGAUGGAUCCUCUGUAUCCUCCUGCAAAGCGUCAUGAAGGUGAAGCGUUUGGCGUGCAGUCGUUCGGCUCUCAGCAGUCGGACAUGUUCGGCCCCUACAGCGGUGGAGGCGGGGCUUACAUGGGUCCAGAGCGGCGACCAGUCCAAGGUCAGUAUCCGUACCCGUACCCCAGGGACCGUCAGGGGCCCCCACAGCAAGGUCUUAUGGGCUCAGGACCAUCAGCGGUGCCUGGGGGGCCCGGCGAGGGGCAGCAGGCCAACAUGUGGCCCCCCAGGACAGACAUGAACUACCGUUCACGGCAGGGGCCAGCCUACCCCGCCAUGAGCCGAGGGGACGACCAGGAGGGCAGGGCCCCCCAGGACAACCAGUGGCCCCCGAGUCAUCCAGGCCAGCGCCAACCAACAUAUCCCCACUCCUCCCCCUCCCCCUCCCCCUCCAUGCUCCCCCUGACCUCCAGACAGCCCCUAUCGUCCUUCCAGGCCACGCCCACAGUCCAUAACCACUUGACCCGCCCUCACAGCCCCUCCUCCUUUCCCCGGCCAAUGGGGGGCUCCCUCUCUCCUAACGGCGCCCCCUACCUCUCCUCCAUGAAAAAAACAGGUCACCCCGUUGUCCCCCCCGGCCCCCUGUCCACUCACCUCAUCCAACGAGAGGUCAGCUUCCCCCCGGGCUCUGUGGAGGCCACACCCCCCAAAAUGAAGAUGCGGCGGCGGCUAACUUCCAAAGACACGGGGACUCCGGAGGCGUGGCGGGUAAUGAUGUCACUGAAGUCGGGGCUGUUAGCAGAGAGCAGCUGGGCGCUGGACACCAUCAACAUCCUGCUUUACGACGACAGCACGGUGGGCUCGUUCAGCCUCCCUCAGCUGCCUGGCUUCCUGGAGCUUGUGGUCGAGUAUUACCGCCGCUGCCUCAUCCAGAUCUUCGGCAUCCUGGAGGAGUACGAGGUUGGGACCCUGCUGGGAUCCCAGCCCGCCCCCCUUCAGAAGGAGGUGCAGGAGUCUGACAGCCAAUCAGAGGAGCCGAGGAGGUCAGAGGAGGAGGAGCUGAUGCCACUGCUCAGAGCUUUAGACGCAGAGGAGGAGGAGGUGAAGGAGGAGAACCAUGUGGUCAAAGAGGAGCUGGAGGUGAAGGAGGAGAAAGAGGAGGAGCCCCGUCCCCCGCAGGCCAGCAAGUACGACAGGCGGCCAAUCAGGGUGGAGGAGACGGGGGAGGAGUGGGAGGAGGCAGAGCAGCGUUGGGCGCAGCUCGGACGACCCAACGGCUUCAUCAGCGGCCUCCUGCACUGGAAGGCGGGAGGAGGAGACUCAACCGCUCACAUCCUGACAGGAGCAGAGGGGGAGGGGCAGAAGGAGGCGGAGCCAGCUGGGGAGGAGACGCCGUCUGGAACAGAAGAAGGUUCCUCAUCAGAGGUCAAAGUUCAGAGUCCCAUCAGUCACCUGGAGGACGAGCCGCGCUGCUGGGACGAGGCGCCGCUGUCCACCGCCGAGUCGUGGCAGGACGCUCUGUCCAAACGCUGCGUCUGCAUCUCCAACGUCGUGCGGGGCCUCUCCUUCGUCCCCGGGAACGACGCUGAAUUAUCUCGUCACCCCAGCCUGGUGUUGAUCCUGGGCCGGCUGCUGCUGCUGCACCACCGCCACCCCCGCAGGAGACGCACGCCGCCCGGCUACCAGCGGGAGGAGGGGCGGGGGCGGGCCUGCAGCCGAGACGAGUGGUGGUGGGACUGCUUGGCGUCGCUGCGGGAGAACGCGCUGGUGACGCUGGCAAACAUGGCGGGCCAGCUGGACCUGUCAGUGUUCCCCGAAGGCGUCAUCCUGCCCGUGCUGGAUGGCGUGCUGCACUGGAUGGUCUGCCCGUCCGCCGAGGCUCAGGACCCGUUCUGCUCGGCGGGGGGCAUGUCCUCGCUCUCGCCACAGAGGCUGGUC